AGACGACUGUGAUUUCGCGGGCGAACACUGGAGGGCGGGAGUGACGUGCUCGUGCUCGUGCUGCAGUUCACGCGCGAAAGAAACCAACGACAGAAACCAGGAAACAAUCAAACUGCGCUUUGCCCCAAAACAGGAUGUCAGACUCUGAAGACUCGGAUCUGGAGGAAGGACAGGAUGUGAUGCGACACCAAACCAAGAUUGUCUAUCAGGGUCAGUUCCCGUACAUCCACAUCGAGCCGCCCGACGUCAUCUACGAGCGCUGGAGCAGGAUCAAGCCCGAGGUGAAGAAGCACGUGGGUCAUCUGAUGCAUGUGUCUGUGUUCUGGUGGCCCAUCCUCCUGAGACAGCAGGACAAUCACCCCACCACCUUCUGGGCCGUGGAGAUGGGCUUCCUGGACUCCAAUGUGUCGAAUGAUCUGAGUCUGAAGAGGCUGAAGAAGAUCGAGAUCCUGGAAAGCAUUCUGGAUGCCAUGGAGAGAGGCCUGUCUCAGCCGGUCAUGGAGACGAAAGCCCGAGCCGUGGUGUCCCUGAGCAGAUUGUUUUCCAUGGAGGAAGAUUGUUUGGCUGAAGCCAUCGGCUGGCUGCUGGACUCCGGCGCUCCGGACAUCCGUAAGAAGCUGCUGGAUCUGGGAUCAGCGGAGAUCCGCUACCGGACGCUUUGCUUCAUCUUCAACGAAUACUCACGAUAUCUUCAGGUGACCUCAUGCAGUAAGAAGAAGGCCAUCCAGGAGCUGAAAACAGAGCCGGACCCGUGGACCUUUUCAAAAAGUGAAGAAAUGAAGAACAAAGGAAAUGAGCAGUUUCAGAAAAGGAAAUAUGAUCUGGCGUUGAAGUGGUACAGUAAAGCCAUUAAAUACCACCCGAGCAACCACAUCCUGUACGGGAACAGAGCGCUCUGCUACAUUCGCUCAGAGAAAUAUCUGAAAGCACUUGGAGACGGAAAGAGAGCCGUUAUAUUACAGCCAGACUGGGCCAAGGGUCACUACCGCUUCUGUGAUGCUCUGUUCUAUCUGGGGGAGCAUCAGAGAGCUCUGAGGGCCAACCGUGUGGCUCUGGACGCCUGCGGCGCGGACCCCGAGGGACAGAGAGACCUGCAGCAGCAGCACGAGCGCUUCCUGACGGAGCUGCAGGAGAGCACAGCAGAGAUCAAGACCAAGAAAACCCAAACCAAGAAAGCUUCUUCUAAAAGCAGAGGAGAUUCUUCAGCUCAUCAUCAGAGGAGCAGUCGUCAGCCUGAAGUCCUGGACACUUCGGCGUCUGACACCUGCAAAGACCAGGAUGACACUGCAGGGAAUUCAGGAGCUCGAGCACACGCUGACGGAGGAACUGACCGACUCAAAGACACAAAGAGUGAAAUGAGUCCACGAAAGACUAAGAAAGGCUCGUCCGGUGUCCCAGAGAAACCAGCGGUCCGGAGCAAACACACACCUGUCCUGGACAGACCGAGCCCUCCAGAGGAGGACGAGAGCUCGGCGGGGAGGAGGAAGCGCUUCUGUGCUGCUGUCCAGGAGGCUCACACGGCUCUGAGUGACCAGCGCUGCAGGAACGCUCAGCAGUCCUUCUCCGUGGCGCUCCGGAUCCUGGAGUCCAGCGGGACCUCGGAGCUGGGGUUGACGGAGCUGGAUAAAUCUGUUCUCAUGUAUGGAUAUGCAGUGGCCCUGCUGGAGAUCGGACAGCCUGAGGAACUGGAUGAAGCUCAGCGGUUGUUCACCAAAUUAGAGUCGUCAGAGAGGAAGUUUCAGUUGCUGGUGCAUUAUGGGAUGGGUAGAGUUUACCUGAAGGAGAACAGAUUUACUAAAGCUCUGGAGUGCUUCACUAACGCACAGCUGAUGAUCCAGAGACACAUCACACCUGGAAAACUCACCUGGCCAACCACCAAAACUACAGUAGAGGAAACACAGCCGGCCUGUCUGAAGGAACAUCUGAAGAACUUCAUAGAGGUGUGUAGGUUUCCUCCUAAAGCAGACGCGGUCUGCCGGUAUCAGCACUGCCUCUCUCACACGGUGGAGAUCUACUUCAGCGAUCCAGACUUUAAGGGCUUCAUCCAGCUGAUCUGCUGUCAGAGCUGCAGAGUCCAGUUUCAUAUGAGCUGCUGGAAGAAGCUCAAAACACUUUCAUUCUCUGAUAAGAGUGACAAGGAUUUUCUAAAAGAUUUGUGUUUUACGCCAGACUGUGGAGGUCAGGUCUGUCACAUUGUAAUAUAUGGCUUGACGGGGCUGAUAAAGUGUGAGUUUAAAACAUCUAUUCCUAAAAUCAAACCUGUUGGACGAUUGAGAAUCAAGCAGCAAUGUACAAGUAUUAAGAAGUUGAGGUCUAAAAAUGAACGAAAGCUUCAUCGGAAACAACAUCAGUUGGCGACACAUUCUGCCCGUCAAGAGAGAAAGAGCGUAACGGCUGCAGACGACCCUAAAGACCCCACGGCAGAGAGAGAGACACCCACAGACUGUAUUUAUAUGGACCGUGUUUUACAUCAAAUUCAUGAUAACAGAGGACUAUUUAAAGAAGAGUCGGUGAAUAUUUCUUGUAUUUUGGAUCAUCUGCGGCCGUGGCUGGAUUUAUUUGAGAGUAAAGGACAUGAGAGUGUGUUAAACAGCCGUAGAGAGCCUGGAGCUCUGUGGGAGCUGGUGGAUCUUCUGCUGGAGUCCAGAAACCGUGUCUGGGCUCGGGUCUUUAUCCAAACGCUCAGCUUAACGCUUCAUAUCAAACCCAGACUGCAGCUGUGGGCUCAGCAGCUGGAUAACGCUGGUCUGAAAGCUGCGCAGUCGUUCAUCAGUCGUCACAGCUCUCUUCUGGAGGAGAUGGACCUGAAGCCUCUUCUCAGCUUCACACCGCUGCAGGAGACGCUCAUCCAGACGUUCGGCAGCGUUCCACAGUUAUUCGAGCGUGAUGGUUUAACUGUACUGGAGUAUUUAAGACAGGCUCCGGCUAAAGACAUGCGUCUGUUUAUUUGGACUCUAGAGUCGAAUCGAGAGCGCUAUCACUCCUGUUCUUUCAUUCUUGAUCAAUAUUUUGAAGACGAUGCUGUUUGUUUAGUCAUUAAAAAGACGGAUGAUGAUGAGCACAUGAGCUCAGUAUUUAAGAGUAAAAACAGGCAUCGUAAGAAGAAGCAGAAGGAGUUGAAGUCUGUGUUUGUGCUGUCUGGGAUGAGAGGUGGACAUUCCAGGGAUGAGGAGGAUGAGGAAGAGGAGCUUUUCUCUGAGGAAGACUCUCUGAUGUUCCUGAAUAGCAUGGAUCCGUUCAGCGUUCCCGAACACCUGCGAGGACAGCUGGAGGAGUUUGAGGAGCAGUAUUCGGGAUCAUCACACCGGAGCCAUUACCAGAGGAUCCUGGACAAUAACCCUGACCCCACUAAAGAGAGUUUAUACGAUUAUUUUGCUCAGAUCCUGGAGGAGCACGGUCCUCUGUGUGCGUCUGACCCGCUGAUGAUGAGCGAGCUGGAGAACUUUCCUCCGGAGGCGCAGCAGAAGAUCUCCGACGCUGGAGGACUCGAGUGCUUCCUGCUGGAGUCUCUGCGCUUCGUCCUGAUGGAGGAGCUGAUCGGGCUGAUGAAGCACGCCGUGUCUCUGACAGACCCCGCUCCGUCACACCUCAACCCCUCGGCUGAAGAGUUCUGGCCACCCGCAGACCCCUCACACAUCAGCGUACUUCCUUAUGAUCAUAAAGAUGAGUUCACAUCCUCGGAUGUGUUCCUGCUCCUCCCCGACCCGUACGCCCUCGACUGUCCCGUCUCAGAUCUGCAGGAACACACACCGGCGUCUGAGCAGACACGAGACAAACACACGGCUGUGUGUGUGCGGGAUCUGGCCGAGCAUACAGACGUGUCCAUUAACACCGAGCCAUACGUGUGCUUCGAGAGGAACAGCGGCGACAUGCUCCAGACGGAGAAGCAGAGGCUGCAGCUGUUGAAGGAGAUCCAGCAGAUGAAGGAGGAUCAUGAAGCUGUGCAGCAGAGGAGAGCCCAGGAGAUCUCAGCGCUUCAGGAGGAAACACAGAACAUCACUCUGAGCAUGCAGAUCGCCAGCACCGAGCUCAGCAUGUUCCAGCAGAAACUAGAGGAGGUGGUGAGGAGAGACCAGCAGGAGAAGAAGGAGAACCAGGAGACGCUCAAGACUCUGAAGAUGGAGAUCAGAGAUCUAGCAGAUUUACACGAGAGUCACACCAGAGACAUCAGUGUGAAGAAGAAAGAGUAUCAGGCAGAACUGGAGCGAUUCCUGGAUGUGGGUAACCAGUGUGCAUCUGAGCGGUCGAGUCUAGAAGAAGAGAUCAAGCGCUUCAGAGACGCGUGUGUGAAGGCCCAGAGGAGAUCCACCAUGGCUCAGCUGUGUGUCCUGCAGAGCAGGUGUGAACACGCGCUGCGGUUGCUCAGGAUGAGCGUCUCUGAAGGGAAGAUGGUGGUCAAACACCUGACGGAGUCCUCGCUCAGUUACCGCUCCGCUGCACUGCUGUCAGCCGUAGACGAUUGGAAGAGACACGUGUGUGAUGCCGAAGACAAGCUCAGCAGGACUCAGAUGCAGUUUGAGGCUCAGAUGGAUCAGGUGAAGAGCGGCGCCAGACUGAGUUCACUGCCUGACAUCAGUGUUCCCAGCGUCCCCACAGCACCUGCUCUACCGGUCAUACUUUCUCAUCCAGUUCCUCAGCCAUCCGGCUCUCACUUCUACGGGCCGUACGGGUCACUUCCUGCCGCCCGCACCCCCACACCCACAGGACGCAGCACACCGCAGCCUGCUGACCGACUUCCUGAAGAACCUGUGAGCAAUCGGCCUUCAGCGCCGCGGCACCUCUCUGUGUACGACAGGAUCCUGGAGCGGCUCCACAUGAUGUUCCCUCAUUACACCAGGAAACUGCUGAAUAAUUUCAUCCAGGAGGUGCGUGUGUCCAGUGGAGGUGCUCUUAACACGCUGACCUAUGAUGAUGUCAUCAACCGAGUGGCUCAGCUCAUCCUGGACCAUCAGGAGAACACGCGUGAGCGCAUGAACCUCACAGGUGGAGAUGCUCCGGGUCACAUGACUCCUCCGUCUGAUGCCUCUGUCAGAGCCACCGGGACGCCACCGCCACACACACACGUGUGGAAGACCGUGUCGGAGAAACAUCGCAACACUGCGCUGGCGCUGAACAUGGAGGAUCCGUGCAUCAUCUGUCACGAGGACAUGAGUCCAGAGGAAGUGUGUGUGCUGGAGUGCCGCCACAGCUUCCACAGAGAGUGUAUAAAGUCGUGGCUGAAGGAACAGAGCACGUGUCCCACCUGUCGAGAACACGCUCUGUUACCGGAGGACUUCCCCAUGCUGCCCGGCAGACAGCGCAGGAGCCAGACGCCCGCCGCCGCCUUCAACUGACCCCUGUGUGUUCAUCUGCACACGCAUCACACACACGUCUCCUCAUCCAGCUCAUUCAUCACACACAGUUUCUUUUGGGUGUCGGAGACUCUACAGACCAAUCGGUGAUGUUUACUUUCAGAGCACAUCUGUGUUUCCAUUCCUGUCAUAAAGAUCUUGUCUUGAACUGA